CCUCCAUCCCUCCCAUCUCUCCCUCCCUCCCUCCAUCCCUCCCUCCGUCCGUCCGUGGAUGCGCUGAGCCGGGAGCGGAGCGCCGCGCCGCCCUGCCCGCAGCCGCCGGGCCCUGGCGGGGCGGGGGGUCCCGCGCCCCUCUGGAGCGGGCAGCAUGGGGGACGCGGUCCUGCGUGUCGUGGUGCCGCUGCUCGGCUGCCUCCUCUCCGCGGCAUCCAGCAUACGACCAGAGUGCAUCAUCACGCAGGAGAUUGAAGAAUUGCGCAGCCAGUGCUUGGCAGAGCUUGUUAGGGAUAACCAGACUUCAGGUUGUGGAAGGCAAUGGGACAACAUGACAUGCUGGCCUGAAGCGGAGGUGGGAGAGGUUGUGGUACGGCCAUGCCCAAAGUUCUUGAGAUUCGUCACUACUUUUCUUGGGAAUGUGACCAGGAAUUGUACAAGCCAGGGCUGGACAGAUGUGUACCCCACGCCGUAUGCUGUAGCUUGUGGAUAUGAUUCCAACAUCACUGCAGGGGAAGAGCAAACUACAUUCUAUGGCACAGUCAAGACCGGCUACACCAUUGGAUAUACCUUAUCGCUCAUUGCUCUCACGGCUGCUAUGAUCAUUUUAUGUCUCUUCAGAAAGCUACACUGUACGCGAAAUUAUAUUCAUAUGCACCUCUUCAUGUCCUUCAUAAUGAGAGCCAUCGCAGUCUUCAUAAAAGAUGUCAUCUUAUUUGAAAGCGGAGAAUCUGAGCACUGCUUUGUGAGUUCAGUAGGCUGCAAAGCCACGAUGGUUUUCUUCCAGUACUGUGUCAUGGCCAACUUCUUCUGGCUCCUGGUAGAGGGGUUGUAUCUUCACACCCUGUUGGUCAUCUCCUUCUUUUCAGAGAGAAAGUACUUUUGGUGGUACAUCUUGAUUGGCUGGGGUGCCCCCUCCGUGUUCAUCACUGCUUGGACUAUUGUCAGGAUUUACUUUUCCGAUGUUGGGUGCUGGGAGGAAGUCGUGGAAUCCUCAUUCUGGUGGAUCAUUAAAACUCCUAUUUUGGUGUCUAUUUUGGUGAACUUCAUUCUCUUCAUUUGCAUCAUCCGUAUCUUAGUCCAGAAGUUGCAUUCCCCAGACACUGGACACAAUGAAACCAGCCAAUAUUCGAGGCUGGCCAAGUCCACCUUGCUGCUGAUCCCUCUCUUUGGCAUUCACUACAUCAUGUUUGUUUUCUUCCCUGACAAUUUCAAAGCGGAAGUUAAGAUGGUCUUUGAGCUCGUGGUUGGGUCAUUCCAGGGAUUUGUGGUGGCUGUUCUGUACUGUUUUCUCAAUGGGGAGGUCCAAGCUGAGCUCAAGCGAAAGUGGCGGAGGUGGCACCUGGAGCGGUUCCUGGGCUCAGAUAUGAAGUAUCACCACCCUUCCUUAGGCAGCAACGGCACCAACUUCAGCACCCAGAUCUCCAUGCUGACAAAGUGCUCACCAAAGACACGCCGGUGUUCUGGCUUCCAAGCCGAAUUCUCUCUGGUGUGAUGGGGAGAGGCUCUCCGAUCACUGAGCAUCCAAGAAAGAAACUGAGAGACAGAAGGGUCCCAAGGAAUCAGCGAUAUAAUGACAAACCCUUGUGAAAUGACAUGCUCUGCAUGAGCCAACAGAGGACACAAAACUGGAAAAGCCACUGGCAUCCAGAACAAGAUCAGACAAGCUAAGAGGCAGAGAAAUACUUUUCCUCUCCCUCUUUUCAGACCUUUCACUCUUAAGUUUCAGGCCCUCAGGGGUUGAUAACUAUGAGUAAAGGACCCAGACACUUGAGGAGAUCCUGGGAGAUCCUGAUGUGUCAUAAAUAAUGAAGUACGGGGUGGGGGGUAAGGGAGGGGAGAGCCUGAGUCCUUGGUGGCUUUACCAGAACUGGCAUCUCUUCAGAGAUAAAUUGCACUUUUUAAAAAAUGAGCCAGAAAAGGAGAGAGGGAGGCAAGAAACAGGAAAAAGAAAAUGCCAAACAUGAAUGUGCCAAAAGUCCCAUUGAUGAGAGGCGAUAAGGCACUGAAGACAGAGUCAGGGACAUAGGGAGGAGGGACAGGAGGAACACAAGCGGGAAGGCGCGAGGCCAGUGCACAGCCCCUGCCUCUGCAUUUUACAUGUGUGAAGAUGAAGAUGCAGCACCAGGAAAGCCCCUUGGAGGAUGCCCCAGCGCUGCAGUGUGUUCCGCUAAUUGCCCACCAUCCUUGUUAGCAAAAGCUUUCCAAGCACCCUCGGGUGCCCUCUGGAAAAGCAGGUCACUGAGAAGGAACAGCGUGAAUGCCCUUCUCUGCGCUAUGUUCAUGACAUUAUGUUUUGUUUGGUUGUUUUCAAUGAACAGGAAACUCAAUUUGCAUGUAUAAAAACCAGGUACAGAUGCCAAAAGCGAA